CGACGAGCACUCACGUGGACUCGUGACGUCAUCUGGAGGGGCAACUCGUCAUCUGGAGGGGCAACCGACCGACCAGCGGGGACAUCACGCCACCUCGGAUCACUUUUUGCUGGAAGCGCGCGCAGCGUUCACUUGUCUUAGAUUUAAUAUUCUGUGUCGAUCGUUCCAACCCACUUUUGUAUUUUUUUUUAUUUAUUCAAAUUAUUAAGCCGUUGCUAAAAUCAGAAGUGGGAUAGGGCUUGUGCCCUAUCCGCUUUUGGGUUAUCCUGGCGUACAGUUUAUUUUUAAAAUUUGCAUUAAAUUAACAACGUAAUGACCGAUAUACGUGUAACUGGAAGCAGGGUAGGAAGACGCUCGCAUUCGCCGAAUGUUCGAGACCAAUUAGGAAUAAUGUUGGCGCGUUUAAUUGCUUAAAACUCAAAUGUGAACGUUGCGCGUGAGUCGAGCCCGCUAGGGUCGGAGAUAGAAGACGCACGUCCCUCGACCGCGGACGGUGGUGGCGCCGGACCCGUGGUGGCGUUGGGAAUCACAUCACCGCCGCUGUCAGAGUCCCGCGCGUACGACGCUACAGACAGGAUCAUCGGAGCAUUAAGUGCACUGUCCAAAUGGAAUACGUUGACACAGAAUACAGCCUAUGGUUGACUUGGUUCCUGACUCCUGUUAUAGUGACCUUCCUCCUGCCGGCCGUCAUCAUAAUCCUCAUAUACAUCAGCAGUAUUAUAUUUCACCUGUACAGAUUAUAUAGAUUAAGGGUCGUUGCCGGAGUUCAAAGCGAUUGGCGUCACGCAGCGAGACUGGCUGUCUGUGCGUUGUGGGACGCUCACGGUUGGCUCUGGCACGGUUACGAGAUCCGAGGCCUUGAAAAUAUUCCAGACGGGCCGUUCCUCGUGAUCUACUAUCAUGGCGCUCUGCCCAUAGACAUGUACUACUUCAUAGCCAGGAUGCUGCUUUUCAAACGGAGGCACAUCCACACCGUCGCCGAUAGGAUUCUGUUUAAAAUACCGGGUUGGAAAGCGCUGCUUGAGGGCUUAUGCGUUAUACCUGGGACGGUCCAGACGUGCGCUUCCGUCCUGAAGGCCGGCAACCCUCUGGCCAUAUCGCCGGGUGGCGUUUACGAGGCCCAGUUCGGUGAUCACCACUACAGGUUGAACUGGAAGUCGCGAGUCGGCUUCGCGAAAGUCGCCCUCGAAGCUAAAGUGCCGAUAGUUCCGAUGUUCACUCAGAACGUCCGCGAGGCGUUCCGCACGGUCGGCUGGCUCCGUAACGUCUGGUUGAGGGUGUACGCCGCCAUUAGAGUGCCCCUCGCUCCAGUGUACGGCGGGUUCCCGGUCAAACUGGUCACGCACCUCGGUCCGGCCAUACCUUACGACCCGGAGGCCACACCGGAUCAGUUGCAGAAAAAGGUCGCCCAAGCAAUAGAAGAUUUAAUAGAGGAACAUCAAAGGAUUCCAGGCAGUAUAUUUUUAGCGUUGGCUGAACGAAUUCAAGAGCGGCCGAAACAGAAGAAAUCGAGCAACACCAAGCAACUGUCAAACGGGAAAUGUCAAAACGGGGACGUCAGAACGAAACAAAAUGGCGUCACUGACAGCAGUCAAAGUGACAAAGCAAAGGUGUCGUAAACUGACAGCCCGGUAUGUUUGUGUGCUAUAUUAAGCUUGUAGUUAGAAGAAGAAGCAAGUUUGAAUGUUACUUCAGAUUUUUUGGUUGACAAGAAAAAAAAACUGAGUUAUUUUAUUUUAUUAAAGUAAAACUGUAAAUGACUAAAUUUUUGUAUAUUUUGUUUGUAUUGUAUUGUUUAUAAUUGGGAGAAGCGUGACGGAAAACUGAUAAUGAAUAUCAGAGCGAAUCAAAAUUAGACUUGUUUUAAAAUUCUGUUAGUGUAAAAAUUCGUAAUUGAUUUGUUUCAAUUCGGAUGUCAUUUAUAUAAAUACCAAUUUAUUAAAACCUACUUAAUAAACUCUUCAAUUGUCAUUUUAUCAUUAAUCUAAUACAACAACAACAAAAAAACGGUCGAAUUCAAAACAAAAGCAUAUAGUGUCAAAACAAAUUCAGACAUUAAAAGGUUUGUGCAAUUGCAUUCAUUAUCUUCUUAAGUAGGCAGAAAAAACAAGUCCUACGAAAUAAAAAUAAAAUUAUCUUUUACAUUACUUUAGGUAAACUUCCUACGAAGCUAAUAAGCGGAGUGAUUACUAAAUAUGUUGGCUAAGCAUUAAACUAAAUGCUUGUCGUAUUUUUUUUCUUUUUACACGAUACGCCCUCGCGCACGGCACGCCGACAUGUAGUUUAUUGAAAUACAGGAACUUACUUACGUUUAUAUAGUGAGAACUAUAUAGGAUAGACGUACCUUACUAAUAUUAACAUUUCUGUUUAAAAAGGAACAAAACAGACAAGAAUUAGACCUAAAAACGUGUAUCCCUGUGUUAUAUAUAUAAAAAAAAAAAAAACAAUAACGUAUUGUCAAAAUCUGCCAUUUGUCAUUGGAUUUCUUGAAUAUUAUGUGUAUUAAUCUCUAAUUUGAUUUUAAAUCGAAAACAAUAUUCUCGCUUCAAAAUAUUGUUCAUGCGUAUGUACAUCAGUGUGCUUAGUGCGAGUUUUUUAACGUCCUCGAUAGCGUAAAAGUUAACCCAAUUUUGUGUGCAGUUGGAACAGCGCCCCUAGCGGCAAACGUAGGCAAACGAUCCCAUUCCAUACAAAUAUGAGUUAACUUUUACGCUAUCGAGAACGUUAAAAAACUCGCACUAAGCACACACUGAAGGGUCGUCAUAUACUUUGAUGCUUAAGUGUUACACGUUAAAGUCUACAAUUCUAUUUCAAAUUCUACGAUUUUACUACGUGUCUAAUUCUCGUACACGAGUAUAAAUAAAAUAAUAAAUAUUUACUAACGAACACGCCACGUUAACUGGUCCCGUGCUAAGUUCAUAAAGAACUUGUGUUACAGGUACCAGGUAACGGAAAUAAAUGUAAGAUUUUUAUUAUACAAAUACACAUAUUUAGUAUACAUCCAUAACCCUGGAAAAGACAUUUUAUAUUUGUCAUACAAAUAUCCUCCCUUGUCGGAUUCGAACCCGCGACCCCCUUGGGUAGUGACCAUGUCCCUUACCACUACACCAGACGGCCGUUAAGAUUUGAAAUGAAGUCAGAUUUCGUGUAAUGCUAUAUGAGUCGUCUAUUAUCAAAGGUGGCAAUCUGUGCAUUUGGACAAAAAAAUGUUAUUGAUAUGUCAAUACAGAUUGAUUUGAAUAUAAUCGUCUCCUUCAAAGAAUACGGUUCAAAACCUGCAUUAAAUAAAGGUUAAUAGUUAACCUGUUAUUCAUCUAAGAUGUCGUUCCGAAGAGUUUUGUGACUGCCAAUGGAAUACAAAGUCAAUAAUUUGUUUUUCUGAUUUACCAAUCAUUGUCCAAAAGUCAGAUUGCCGGUUUGAUAAUAGUCGACUCACAUAUACAUAUUUAGUAUACAUCCAUAACCCUGGAAAAUACAUUUUAUAUUUAUCAUACAAAUAUCCUCAUUUGGCGGGAUUCGAACCCGCGACCCCCUUGUGUAGUGACCAUGUCCCUUACCACUACACCAGACGGCCGUUAAGAUUUGAAAUGAAGUCAGAUUUCGUGUAAUGCUAUAUAUUAUUAAAAUCUUAACUCUUGCAGUAGGUUAUUUAUAUUGCUUGGCGAUCAAUAAAGCAAUAAUAUAGUGAUUAGAAGUAAUUAUAUAUAGGGUUUUUAAAUUUAAAAUAUUUCUAAUACUCGCAUAAUUAUUCUUUCUCUUCUUAAUAUUAUUUUUAUUUAAAUAUUUAUAAAUAAAUAUAUAAAUCGCGUGCCUGAGUACAAAACGAGAACUGAUUAUUAUUUAAUUAUUUAUUCAUAUAUUAUAUUAUAAUAAUUAUUUAUUUGAUUUGAAAAUUUGAAUUAUUGAAUUCACUUUCUUUAUACGUUACAUAAGUUCAUUAGUGAAUAAUUUUUUAAUUCUCACACAAUAGUUUCAUAUAUGUAUCCACCCUUAGUGGCAAUUUACCGGUAUAUUCUAUCCGAACCCUUCCGUUCAUUCCGGUCUUCCAUGUGCCAAUUUCAGACCUACCCAAGAAGGUAGACCUCAGAGAGAUAAGGAUAAGGAAUCUGAAUCAAACUGUAACUUGGCUUCUAUAAAGUGGCCUAAACCAACAACUUUUCUUUGCUUAUUGUAUAUUGCAAUUUAUUUAAGAAUUUUUUACGCAAAACCGAUCCCUAGUUACAUCCAUAAGCAACAGACGGCUUUGUAAUAACUGUUUUUGCAUACAAAACUGUGUAAAAGUGAAUUGAAACUUAAUUAUGUCCAUACCAACUAUGGUAAGCUGUUACAGCCAUAGGUAACAGAUGGCUUUUUGCAUAAAAAGCUGUGUAAAAGUAAAUUGAAACUUAAUUAAGUCCAUACCGACUAUGGUAAGUUGUUACAGCCAUAGGUAACAGAUGACUUUGUAAUAACUGUUUUUGCAUACAAAACUGUGUAAAAGUAAAUUGAAACUUAAUUAUGUCCAUACCAACUAUGGUAAGCUGUUACAGCCAUAGGUAACAGAUGGCUUUGUAAUAACUGUUUUUGCAUAAAAAGCUGUGUAAAAGUAAAUUGAAACUUAAUUAAGUCCAUACCGACUAUGGUAAGUUGUUACAGCCAUAGGUAACAGAUGACUUUGUAAUAACUGUUUUUGCAUACAAAACUGUGUAAAAGUAAAUUGAAACUUAAUUAUGUCCAUACCAACUAUGGUAAGCUGUUACAGCCAUAGGUAACAGACGGCUUUGUAAUAACUGUUUUUGCAUACAAAGCUGUGUAAAAGUAAAUUCAAAUCUAAUUAUGUCCAUACCAACUAUGGUAAGCUUAGGCGACUUUUGCGCUGACGACGUCAUGUAUGCUUCAUCUGUAAAUACAUCUGAUGAACACUUUUGUAUUCAAAUGCUUAAAUUAUUAAUAUUAUAUAUGUUUAAAUAAAUAUACCACGGAUUUGUAUGAAAUUUAAUGACUGAUUUUAGAUACAUUCCCUUGGAUUAGUGAGGUAAAGAUUUUGAAAAUUUUUGUAUUUAUUUCAGUUACAAACUAACAGCUGAAUCAAAACGUUUGUAAGGUUUUAAUGGUAGCUUAAAUAGCUUGUUGGAACAGCUAAAAAUUGCUCAAAACUAUCAUGGAAUAUAUCCGUUUCCGGAACAUAGGCUAGUAAGCCAUUAAGUAGAGAAAUAUCUCGAUCUGUCGGAAAGUUAACCGUCAUCUGAGUGGCGCGUGUGUUAGUAUAAGCCGCGCCAAUAAACAAACGAAGCGAAAAUGGCGUCUAUCUACCUGCACUGACAUGGUAGGGUCAACAAAUAAAAAGAUAGAUAGAAAUAAAAAGUUGUUUAUUGUUAGAAAAUAUAAAAAAAAACAAAUGAGAAUCUACUUGAAAUUAUUUUGGUGCCCCAAUAAUAAAAACAAUAAUAAUAAAAAAUAACAACAGAAUUGGAGAGAAAACAUAGCGCGUCGAGACAGUGUGCGCGACAAAGUCAGAACCAUAGAUUAUACACUUAAUAUAUUUGAACUGAUAUUUUUUUUGCAUGCAGUACGCGCCGUGUGCGACUAAAGACAGCAAUAGUUUAGAGUGAGAGCGCAUGAUCGCCGACGCCAUUUUAGAUUCGUUUCUUUAUUGGCGCGGCUUAUAAGAAGUUGUAUUGUAACAAACAAACCAAUUAAACAAUGUUGUUUAUGACUGUUAGAUUCAAUGAAUGUUUGUUUUUUUGUGUCCUUUAAUAAGCGUCAUUGGUAGAUGAGCCGACUGAGCAGCGAUCCAAGAGAAGCAGCUCAAAAUAGCUUAUAAAUUUGUUUUUAUUUUUGUCAUGUAUCGAUUAAAGCCGCGUUACUACGAACUGUUGACUUCGAAUUAUCGUAGUUUUUUCUUUAAGUUAGUAGAAAUAUCAAGGACUUUGUUCAAUCAAUAUGAACUUGGUAUGAAAAUAAUCGUCACUACUCAAGAGAGAAUACUGACUUUGCUUGAGAGAAAAAAAGAUUAGUCUUACAUUCGGAGGGUAGAUGUAAGAAAAACUCUCUUAUAUAUGAAACAAGACAAAAUAUGUUCAGCUAUAAGCAGCAGAUUACAAAUCGCAACCCACCAAUUUAAUGCCAGCGUAGCAAACGGUAUGAUAUAAUUUGAGACAUGUCUCAUCUCUGGAUGUGGGCGGCGGCAUUCAGAUUGUUGAUGCCUAUUGGCUCCGGCAACAAUGCAACACCAGGCGGGCCUUGUGCAUAAAAUGUAGCUGUUGUAAACGAUGUGAAUUGUGCCUAGAUAAUAAGUUUGAUUUAAUAACUUUUUGUGCUAUCUUUGAAAUUACACCACUUGCUGCGGUGGCGCCAUCUUAAUUGGUCGCUUUUCGACCGACACUUUUCAUGCACAGAGUGUUCACUCAAAUAGAACUGACAUGAGCACAGAUAAUAUUAUUAAAAAAAUGUUGAAAGGGCAGUUGGAAAAACGCUUAUCAUUUAAAAAAUAUUUUUCUUUUUGUAAUCGUUAUAAUUAAAAUACCAUUCUAAAUUAGCAGUUCAUAUUUAUUUAUUGAUAUAGAAAACCUAAAAUUAAGGACAAAAUUUAAUUAUUUAUUUACAAAAAUGUAUAAUUGUGCCAGAAUUUUUAUACCAAAACCAAUGUGUUUAAUAUUUAAAUAAUAUGUAACUAUUAAUGUGUAGUUUUCUAGAAAUGUUCCAAACAUUUGUAUAAUUACUUAAAUAGUAAAUUGUAAGCAAUGAUUAUCGUAUAUAGUAUAUACGCCUACUUAAAUAAAUUAACUAUAUUUUUU